AAAGGAGUGUGGGUGUGCAAACAGCAGGUUAACAGGGGCAUUUAAGAGUUGAAGCCAGCUUUACUGUUGUCAGAGACGAUGAGGAUGUUUCACAUACUGAGUGCCGUGUUCACUGUCACUCUCCUAGCGAGAGGUUGUGAUGCACAACUUUCAGUAUGUGGCAGGCCUACAUUAUCCACUAAAAUAGUAGGAGGACAGAGUGCUACUGCUGGUGCUUGGCCGUGGCAGGUCAGUCUUCACAGUACCUAUCAUUUCUGUGGUGGAUCACUCAUUAACAAUGAAUGGGUCCUGACAGCAGCUCACUGCUUUUCCAGUAUUACAGCCACUGGCCUGACUGUGCUCCUGGGUCUACAGACACAGUCAGGAUCAAAACCAAAUUCGCUCAGCCGUACGGUCUCUGAAAUCAUAAAGCAUCCAAACUAUGACAGCAACACUCAUGACAAUGACAUCACUCUUCUGCAUCUGUCUUCACCUGUGAAUUUUACUGACUAUAUAAAACCGGUCUGCCUUCCGGCAAAUGACAGCACAUUCUACAAUGGCACAUCAAGCUGGGUCACUGGAUGGGGAAAUAUUGGCUAUGGUGUUAGUCUGCCUUCACCACAAACUCUUCAGGAAGUAAAUGUGCCUGUCAUUGGAAACAGAAAGUGCAAAUGCCUUUAUAGUGAAAAUAAGAAAAUCACAAACAACAUGAUCUGUGCUGGACUGAUGCAAGGGGGGAAAGACUCCUGCCAGGGGGACUCAGGUGGACCUAUGGUCAACAAACAGGGCUCAGUCUGGAUCCAGUCUGGGAUUGUGAGCUUUGGAGAAAAGUGUGCUUUACCUGACUUUCCUGGUGUGUAUACCCGAGUUUCUCAGUACCAGAGUUGGAUCAACCAGCAUAUCACCACCAACCAGCCAGGCUUCAUUAAGUUUACCACCAAUAGGUCUGACAGUGACCUAAGUGUGAGCUGUGCCAGUGUACCCGCCAUUACAUCAACUGCUGCACCUGUAACUGUUACGACCCCUGCACCUUUGGUGUGUGGAAUGGCCAAACUGAACACUCUUGUUGGAGGAGAUAACUCGCCCGCAUCCUCUGGCACAUGGCCUUGGAUGGCCAGUCUACAAUUUAACGGCAGUCACAUCUGCGGAGGAACGAUGGUUGCAGAGCGGUUUGUCAUGACCACUGCCAGCUGUUUUUCCAGAUCAACAAAUUCAUCCCAGUGGACUGUGAUCCUGGGCCGUUUGAAUCAGAACGGUUCCAACCCCAAUGAGGUCUCCGUACAAGUCGCCAACAUCACCAUCAGCAAUUUGACAGGUGACAACAUUGCUGUCGUGCAGCUGGCCAGCGCACCAAAACUCUCAAAUUAUAUUCAACCGAUAUGUGUGGACCUGGGAGGUAGUUCCUUCAAUGUUAAUGCUACAUGCUGGACGGCAGGCUGGGGCUCAGGAUCAGUUACCCAAACCCUUCAACAAAUCCAAACCACUGUUGUGAAUUGUGGGAACUCAUCUUCAAACAGCAGUAUUUGUACAACUGCCAUGAACUUACAGGAGGGUUAUCAGGGUGGUCCUCUGAUGUGUAAGCAAGGUCUGUCAUGGAUCCAGGCUGCUGUUGUGACGAUACAAAGCACAAACACAAGCGUCAGUAACUCCGCAGCAGUGAGCCGGAUCGUUCGCGCCCAAGAUAUCCAGGUCUUCACUAAAACCUCAAGCUAUUCAUCAUUCCUGACGUCUGUGGUGGGUUCUUUCCCCCCCAAACAAACAAACAGCACAAACAGCACAAACAGCACAAACAGCACAAGCGCAGCUGUAGGAAGCACUGUAGGAAGCACCACGAAUUCCUCCACCAGUGUGUCUCCCUUUUCUUUAUGUUUUACAACUGUACUCCUGUUUUCACUUUCAGCGCUCCAGAUCUUUUUGAAGCCAGUCUUACUGUUGUCAGAGACGAUGAGGAUGUUUCACGUACUGAGUGCCGUGUUCGCUGUCACUCUUCUAGCGAGAGGUUGUGAUGCACAACUUUCAGUAUGUGGCAGGCCUACAUUAUCCACUAAAAUAGUAGGAGGACAGAGUGCUACUGCUGGUGCUUGGCCGUGGCAGGUCAGUCUUCACAGUACCUAUCAUUUCUGUGGUGGAUCACUCAUUAACAAUGAAUGGGUCCUGACAGCAGCUCACUGCUUUUCCAGUACUUCAACUGCAUCCCUGACUGUGCUACUGGGUCUACAGACACAGUCAGGAUUAAAUCCAAAUUCGGUCAGCCGUACGGUCUCUCAAAUUAUAAAGCAUCCAAACUACGACAGCAACACUAAUGACAAUGACAUCACUCUUCUGCAUUUGUCUUCACCUGUGGUUUUUACUGACUAUAUAAAACCGGUCUGCCUGCCGUCAAAUGACAGCACAUUCUACAAUGGCACAUCAAGCUGGGUCACUGGAUGGGGAAAUAUUGGCUAUGGUGUUAGUCUGCCUUCACCACAAACUCUUCAGGAAGUAAAUGUGCCUGUCAUUGGAAACAGAAAGUGCAAAUGCCUUUAUAGUGAAAAGGAGACAAUCACAAACAACAUGAUCUGUGCUGGACUGAUGCAAGGGGGGAAAGACUCCUGCCAGGGUGACUCAGGUGGACCAAUGGUAAGCAAACAGGGCUCAGUCUGGAUCCAGUCUGGGAUUGUGAGCUUUGGAGAACAGUGUGCUUUAGCUAACUAUCCUGGCGUGUAUACCAGAGUUUCUCAGUACCAGAGUUGGAUCAACCAGCAUAUCACCACCAACCAGCCAGGAUUCAUUACGUUCACCUCCAGUGGUACUGACAGUGACCUUAGCGUGAGCUGUGCCAGUGUACCCGCCAUUACAUCAACUGCACCUGUGGUGUGUGGAAUGGCCAAUCUGAACACUCUUGUUGGAGGAGAUAACUCACUCGCAUCCUCUGGCACGUGGCCUUGGAUGGCCAGUCUACAAUUUAACGGCAGUCACGUCUGCGGAGGAACGAUGGUUGCAGAGCAGUUUGUCAUGACCACUGCCAGCUGUUUUUCCAGAUCAACAAAUGCAUCCCUGUGGACUGUGAUCCUGGGCCGUUUGAAUCAGAACGGUUCCAACCCCAAUGAGGUCUCCGUACAAGUUGCCAACAUCACCAUCAGCAAUUUGACAGGUGACAACAUUGCUGUCGUGCACCUCGCCAGCGCACCAAAACUCUCAAAUUAUAUUCAACCGAUAUGUGUGGACCUGGGAGGUACUUCCUUCAAUGUUAAUGCUACAUGCUGGACGGCAGGCUGGGGCUCAGGAUCAGCAACACAAACCCUUCAACAAAUCCAAACCACUGUUGUAAAUUGUGGGAACUCAUCUUCAAACAGCAGUAUUUGUACAACUGCCAUGAACUUACAGGAGGGUUAUCAGGGUGGUCCUCUGAUGUGUAAACAAGGUCUGUCAUGGAUCCAGGCUGCUGUUGUGACGAUACAAAGCAACAGCACUAACACAAGCAUCAGUAACUCCACAGUAGCGAGCCGGAUCGUUCGCGCCCAAGAUAUCCAGGUCUUCACUAAAACCUCAAGCUAUUCAUCAUUCCUGACGUCUGUGGUGGGUUCUUUCCCCCCAAAACAAACAAACAGCACAAGUGCAGCUGUAGGAAGCAACCCGAAUUCCUCCACCAGUGUGUCUCACUUUUCUUUAUGUUUUACAACUGCACUCCUGUUUUUACUUUCAGCGCUCCAGAUCUUUCAUUGUGAUUGAAAUCAGUGAAGUCUGAGUAGAAACAUUUUGAUUUACCUUGAAUGUGACUGUAAAAUGUGACGAAUAAUGCAGGUUUUCAUUCAAUUCAUCUGACUGAUUAUAGGCUGUUAAUGCUUUAAUCAGAAGACUUUCAUAUUUCUUUUUUACUUGACUUAAGAGAAAUAUUCUUGUACAGAGAUCAGUUGUUAUAUCUUACCGGCUGUAAGUUCAGAAUGACUGCUUAAGUUUAAACUGUAACCCGGGCAUUUUUCUUCUACUGUCACAUUGCAUUGUACUGUACAAUUUGCAUUGUAGCAUUUCUAUGCAAUCUUGCACUUUAUGGUAAUGUUCCAGUGUUUCAGUGCUAAUAGCUAAAAUACUGCUACUGUAUCAUAUUUAACACAUUACCUCAAGCUGUACCACACUUGGGUCAUUGCUGUAAGUAAAUAAUGAUCUAAAUUAGAGAAAACUUCAGAAAAUAUUCUAUGAAAAGAUUUGCUAUGAUUUCCUAUGAGCAAACUCUUUUUACCGCAGUUUUCUAAAUGUGAACUGUAAAAUAAUCAAAUGUUUGUAAGUUAACUUUUUUUUACUUUGAAAUGAAAAUAUAACAUUGAUGCUAAAGUCA